UGUUGUCAUUUGUAGGCUUUACACGCGAGUUAUCAUGCUCUAGAAUGCUGGUCCAGAUGAUUAUAUCAUGACAGCAGCUAUGGCUGCUUCCAUCGGAUUCUGCGUUGUCAUCUUCUACCAGAUUAAAAGUGGACUUGGAAUACCUUUUGAGACUAUACCGGUACACCACAUUCAACUGUUCUUCCAAGCUCUCUGGGCCACUAUCCCCAUGUACAAUCUCUCCCUCGUGUUGACCAAGAUCUCUAUUAUCUUCCAAUACAUGCGCAUCUUCACUACAAAAAAGAUCACCCAGCUGUGCCGCAUCAUGAUAGGCGUUCUGAUCGUCUAUGGCUGCUGGACCAUCCUCGGAUCCGUAUUCAUGUGCAUCCACGUGGACUCGUUCUGGAACACAAGCAUCUCGGGCCAUUGCAUGAACAAACUCGCCUUCUGGUUCUCCAAUGCUGCGCUGAAUAUCACUACUGAUAUCAUGAUCUUCGCUAUCCCAAUGCCUCUCUUGAGACAACUGCAGCUCCCGUAA